GCUUUUGGGCAGACAGCGAGGGAGCUGCCAAAAGCUGGCUAUUUGGAGUGCUGCUCACGCGGCGUCAGCGGAACUAGACAGCAAGGUGUGCGAGCCUGGGCUCGUGGUAGGUCACAGAAGCAUUCAAGAGAAUAAUAGUUGCAUCAGCGCACGCGCAGCGGCUGCCACAGCUCUGCCUGUAAGGGAGAGCCCCCAUCGAUAUCUCCGCGCGCCGAGCACCCAGGCCGCCAUAGACAAGGCAGCAUACUGCACGAGACCCGUGCGCGCGACAGCGAGCCAUUCCCACGCCGCCGACGCGCAAGAUGUUAGAUUUCAGCACCUUCGACUGGGCGACGGCGCCGCUGCACCGCAUCGAGGUCGUGGUCACGACGGGGGUGCUCUACGUCUGGGCCGCGCUCACGGCGAAGCUGUAUCUGUGGAAGCACAAGGUGCCGCCGACGAGCGGCACGUCCCGCGUCUUGGCCGCGCACUCCCUCGUGCUCUGCGUGGGCUCGUUAUGGAUGUGCGCCGGCGCGAUCGGCGAGAUACGAAGCCGCAUCGCAAGUGAGGGUCUCGCCUGGUUCUUCUGCGAAAGUCAGGAUCCACCGCCGAGGCUCUACGCCUGGGCCUACGCCUACUACCUCUCGAAGUACUACGAACUCCUCGACACGUUCCUCCCGAUGGUCAUCAAGGGCCGGCCGCCGAACCACUUUGGGCUGCACGUCUUCCACCACGCGUGUGUGUUAUUGAUGGCCUGGGGCUACGUCGAGUACCGCCAGACUUUAUGUUUCGGCGGCCUCGUCGCGAACACGUUUGUCCACGUCGUCAUGUACUACUACUACUUCCGCGCAGCGCUUAAGUGGGCGACGCCGUGGAAGGCCUGGGUGACGCGGCUGCAGAUCCUCCAGUUCUCUGUGUCCUUUUUACUGCUCUGCGUCACGCUGUCGGGGCGCUACGGAGAACUAGGAACGUGCUCGGGCGUUGCCGCUUUGAUUGGUAACGCUGCGUUCAACGCCGUGCUCCUCCUGCUCUUCGUCGGCGUGCUCCGGGCACCAAGGAAGAAAUCUAAGGUUAAAUAGGA